AUGCAUCAGAUUGGCCAAUCUACGCAGUGGGCGAUCCCCUCUCGGCAACUCCGCAGAACACGGGGCUACGUGACGAUUCAGCUGAUUCCGUGUCCGUCCAUGUGUACCAAUGCGUUGGGUAUUCUGUCCAGCCUCAAUUCGUAUUUGUUCGACGCUUUGCCUUCGAUGGCCGACUUUCCCACCAUAACCGACAUCCUGAUCCAAGCCAUUCCAUUGCUGACGGCUUGUUCGGAUGCCAUCAACCGCUCGGUUGUCAGUGCCAACAAAGUCUAUGCGGAAUUCUUGAAGAUCGACGAAGGAAUUGGCUUCAAUAGACAAGUUGCGCUGGUCGGAGAUUCCAUGGGUUGCGUUCUAGCUCACGACUGA